AUGACUGUGAUCAUCUUCCUAGAUGAGGUGAACACAGCGUCGUGCUUGGGUUUCGUGAAGGCCAUCCUGUGCGACAAGUUCCUAGUGGCAGACUUCGAGAACCUCUUCAUCAUCGCGGCUUCGAACCCCUAUCGAGAAGAAGCCAGCAACGAAGAUCUAGUCCUACGAGGGAGCACUACGGUCAUGCGCGACUUCUUCCAGGUGCAUCCUUUGCCGCCCUCUUUCCGACCAUACAUCUGGCAUUGGAAGUCGCCCAGUGCGGAUGACGAGGAAAGAUACGCCCUGCUUCUGCUUCGUCGCCGAGCCGCCAUUGCAGAAGACGAUCCAGAUUUGUUUCGAUUCGCACGGGCCAUUGCUGCAGCUCAGAACUUCAUGAGAGCAGAGUUGGGGUCAGAGUCGGCGGUGUCACAGCGCGACAUCAUCCGUGUGGUGCGCUUGCUGGGCUUCUUCCGGCAGCACAGCUUUGCCCAGCCCGACGCGAACGAACGCUGCUGUGCGGCGCGUGCUCUGCUUCUGGCCCUGGGAGUGUCUUUCUACUUGGGGCUCAACAGUUCGCAGCGGGAGCUCUUCACGGAGAGGGUGACAGAGAGGCACUAUGCCGAAAUCUUUGCGGAGGAGACUUCUCACAGUCUGGAUCUGCCCACAGUCCUCGCCGAAGAGAUGGACACUUACAUGAAGCACAUCCAACUUCCGGCAGGCAUUGCGCUGACUCGUGCUUUGAAGGAAAACAUCUUCGCCGUGAUUGUGGGCAUCCAGUGCAACAUCCCAGUGAUGAUCGUGGGCAUGCCAGGAACGGGCAAGACACUUGCCGUGAAUAUCGCCACGGACGUGUUGAGGGGCUCGGGUGCCGUGCCCUUCUUCCGCUGCUUCUGUGACGUGGCAAACUCCGUGUUUCGCUACCAAUGCUCCAAAGACAGCACAAGCACUCAGAUUCACGAGGUGUUCGAAAGUGCAGUGAGGGCCAAGCAACGCAUAGAAGCGGAGGACGGGGAACGACACCCGGUGGUGUUUGUUGAUGAGGCUGGCUUGCCGGAAGAGAAGGUCGAGAGCCUCAAAGCCCUCCAUUACUGGAUCGAUCAAGGAGCCGUUGCCUGCUGCAUUCUGGCCAACAAGCCACUGGAUGCCGCAAAGCGUAACCGAUGCCUGCAGGUAUUCCGUGAUGAAGCCGACGGCGAGGAUUUGCGGCUUCUGGCGGCCGAAUGCUUGGGGGUCAGUCGUGAGGACCCUGCCUCGCGAAAUUUGGUGAAUGGCUUCUGCAAGGCCUUCCAGGAAAUCUCUGCCGGCCGGUGGACGAAGAGCAAGAAUGCCUUUGGAAUCUUCCAUCUGCGAGACUUCCACCAUUGCCUGCGCUAUUUGCGCCGGGGUGGUCUCGUUCGGAACGGCUCUGUGUCAGGAUCGAGUGUCCUCUCUGCUCUGGAGCGGAACUUUGGAGGACUGAAGAAGGAGGACUUCGUGGAGCUGUGCAAGGUCUUCUUUGGACACCUCCGAGAAGAGACCGGGGGUCGGAUCUCAGAGCUGGAGGAAGCCGGGCUUAGGUCCACGCUGGCGGUCUUGCAGGAGGCCUUGCUCGACAUCCCCGCAGCAGACUUGCAGGAUGCGAACUACGAGCCCUGCCGCUACAAGUUGAUCAUCGAUGAGACGGAAGAUGGUGGGGCCGUGCGCAUUCUGCAGUUGGCGGGGCUUCUGCCACCACAGGUCAAAGUUCUGGAGGUGAGCAACUUGCCAGGUGACAAGAGCGAUCUGCAUCGCAGCCAAAUCGUGAGCGAAAUCCGCAGGGCUGCGGAACACCCGGGCCUGUGCGUGAUGGUGGACUUCGACGAGAUCCUGGAUGGGUUCUACGAUCUUCUGAAUCUCCGCUUUCAGCGCAUCCAAGCGAACGGCCGCGUAAGCUUUGCAGCGACGGUGGCCGCUGGAAGCUACUCGGUCCUGGCUCCCGUGGAUCCACGCUUCCAGCUCGUGGUUUGCAUCAGGGCCUCAGAUCUGGCACAAACCCCGUUGCCCUUUCUCAAUCGCUUUGAGAAGUUCUACCUGGGUCCAGCAGAUUUGGCCAUGCACAACGCCGACAUCCUGUGCCAUCAUCAGCUCAACCUGCAGUUCAUUCGAGAUUACUUGCUGCAGCCUGUACGCCAGCGGCUUCAGGCCUUGGUUCAGCUGCUUGGCCCGGCGAGUCUCAUCGGAUUCGAUGCGACCAGCAUGGACUCCGCCAUCAACGAAGCCAUGCAGGCGAGCCGAUGCCAGACGGCCCUACAGCUGCUCACCGCAGGUUGGGAAGAGGGCCUUUCCGACGAGUCGGCGAAGGCCGAGAAGAAGAGCAAGCCCCUUUCUGAGGAGUGGCCCGGGGAUCUCAAGCCGAAUGCCAUCGAGACCGAACCAUCCGAUCCAGCAGCUUGCAAAGGGCACGAGAAUCCGGGGAACACCUGCUUUCUGCAAGCGUGCCUUGUCAUCCUUUGCAUGCACGAGGCACAUCUGCUCCCGGAGGAGCGUGAGGCGGAGCCCUUCUUCCUCAGCGACCUGCGGCAUAUCCUGAAGAAGUCGAGGCGACAGCAAGUGCCGCGAGAGGACAUCUGGUCUUUGGCACAAAAACUCGAGCGUGAAGGCAUUAUGCAACCAGGGGAACAAGAUGAUGCAGUGGAGAUGUUCGAGGCGCUUUUGGAUAAGUGCCAGAGCCCCAAGCUGGCUCUGCCCACCAUGACUUGCGCCAGGGAGGCUGAUUGCGCCGGCCUAGACGAUCCUUCCAGCAAGGUCUACGUGUCUAACGAUCUGAACGAGUAUAUCUUGCGGACGGCUAUGGGUUCCGACAAGGACUUCCCGACUUUGCUGCAAGAUAUUGUCAUGGAAACCGUCACCGCUUGCAAAGUAGAGUUGGGCGAAGAAGGCGGUAUGAAGGAACUUGAGCUGCCAACCGCUGUGCGGGCCAGGCGACGCUUGCCCGGUCAGCUUCCGCCGUGCGUCUUACCAUUCUGCUUCGGGCGCUGGGAUGCGGAAAGCAUGCAGAAGAACGACGACAUCCUUACGGUGCCCAUGAACGGAUUGACAUUGCCCUUGUUGCCUCCAUCACAGGACUCCUUGCUGCUGUCUCACAUGGAGCAUUGGCUCUACGACCUUGUGUCUUUCAUCGUUCACACCGGCAGUUUGGACAAUGGGCAUUACAUCGCCUACUUCAAAGGCAGAUAUGGCUGGGAGGCCGUGGACAACGAUCGGUCCUAUCAACUAAGCGCUGCUGAUGCCAAGCACAAAGCUGGGAAGGCUUAUCUGCUGGUCUACAGGCUGGUUGGCUACAAGGGAACGUUUCCCGCAGACAUGCUUGGCAAACCGCAACUUCGAAAACGCUUGGACGAUCGCCUCCAGGAGGCAGUGGCCACCAUCGCCGAGGAAGCAGCGGGCCACGUUCUCCAGCUGGCGCCCUCCGAGACUGUGUUGAGUCAUCGGAAGUCCUUGCCGGAGAGCCUUACCACAGGCUACGUGCAGAAGCCCCACACAGGCCUGGCCUCAGUGAUUGCGGAGCUCCGAUCUUCUCCCCAGAAGCGCUACCUGAUCCUUACCCGUGACGUGCUCCUUGCUUCCGGGGAGUGCCCUACAACACAGAUCAGAAGGGAUGAUGUGGAUGUCCACCUUAUGCCUCGCACUAGACAGGAGACCGUCGAACUGUUGCGGACAAGGAAACAGGUGCAGAGACCGCUCAUGGUAGUCUGCCGAUUGUCCAGCAGCCUGUCAAAGGGCGCCGACGUCCAGUGCACAUCGCGGGCCGUACAUCAGUUGCGCCGCCUGGCAGACGAGCACGAUGUACAUCGCCUCAUAGUGACAAUCCUGUUGCCUCCGAAAAGCUUGCAUGAAAGUCGAUGCUACGAAGCUGCCUUCCUCGGUAGUUGGCAGAUCUUUCAUUUGGACUGUUUGGACGAUGCGGAAUCUCCUGCGCUGGUUGCAUCCAUCCUAUCACCCAGCCUCCCAGACGCGGAAAAUCAUGUGGUGAGCGAAGACGAGCUGCAGAAGGACCUUUGGGCAUCCGUGGCCCGUUUGUCAGUCUCCGAAGGAAUGCGGAAGUCGGCGGAAGCCUGGAUGCAUGCGGCCAAAGGCUUCUACUCUGGAGCCGCUUUGCAAACACGGGUGGACCUGCUUUGGCAGCUGCUCUCAGAGCCAAGCGCCGUCUUCCUGCUGGAGGAGUUGCAGAGGAUCCGUUCUGCAGCCCUGAAGGAUGUGUCGCUUCGCCAGGAAGCAAUUGCAGCUGCUAUGGAGAUCAUGGAGAUGGAUGUGCGGCAGAGGCGGCCGAUGCUUUGCUUGCAGACAACCGUCCGAAACAGGUGCACUGAGAGGGUGAUCUCGGCAUUGACUGCGGCCCUCCACUGGAUCAGUGAUCAAGGUGGCCUGCUGAGCUUGCAGCUCGGUUCCCCGGGAGAGGCACCUUUGGCCAUGGCCCGCUACGUGAAGCUCCGCGCAGCGGAGGGCUACAUCGUCCCGGAUACGGCACUGAUGCCAGCUCCACAUGACCAGAUGCUUCCGUGCUUCCCGUGCUUGCUGGACAGCCGCAGCAGCUCUCGUCAUGACGAGACAUCUGCAGAAGGAUUCUUCGAGGAUUGCGAGGAGCAGGACCUGGUGGCGAUCACGACAUCGGCGUGGAUGAGACAUCCUUACUCCCAACUUGCCGAGCUGAUCGCAAACUCAGGCCUUCUGCCGGCCUAUUCCGGCUACGUGGCCGCGCGCUUCGGCUUCGGCCACGUGGCGGCGACGCUGCUCCGGGCUUGGGCUGAACCCUACAACUCUGCAGCGCAGCUCCCAGGCCUUCAUGCCUGCGCUUGGCAUCUUGGCGGCAACAUCUGCAGAGACCUGAAACUCUGGUGCCACCGCUCAGACUUGGGAGCCUUGAGCUUCCUCUUCCAGGAUGGGGUCCCGCAGGAGGUGCAGGAGCAGCUGCGGAGGCAGCAGAGCACUGGCGCUGGCGCGCAGGUCCUCUUCGGGCCUGGAUUAGCGACAACCGUCCUGGACAUCUUGGAGACCCUGGGCUUGCAGUUCGAAGAGCAGAAGCAGCUUCAUGUGGCCAUGUCCACUACGUUUCAGCGCCGAGAGCGCCUGGACAAGUGGCACCACUCCUUCGAGAUGGCCCGCGCCACGCUGAGCGGGCGGCUGAAGCUCUCGGUGACCCAGAUGGGAAAGCUGAAUCAUUUGGCUUUCUUCGGCAACCUUGUCCCCUGCUUCAUGGAGAGUCAGGGCUUGGAUCUGUUGCAGAGGCUCCUGUCAGAAGGGGGCGAUGAAAGAGUACUCCGACGAAAAUGCCUGGCUAUCCUGGCUGAGCAGCUGUGUGGUGCGGACCAGCUCGAUCUGGAGACUGCAAGGUUUGCUCUCCAGCAAGUCCUGGAUGGUAUGUUCUGGCCAAUCCGACGGUCCCAAGGCCAAGGCCAAGUGGUGAAUCUCUUUCACGACUGCCUUGAUCUGACUUUGGACAUCGCUGACAGCCGGGGCAUCUUUGCUAAGUGUUAUGCGCUCAUCACCCCUGCACUGGCUGCCUCUGCUAUUCAGCAAGUACUUGAAACCAUCGAUGCACACCCGAGCAAGAAGUCCGAGAUGUUGCAACUGCUGAGUCGAGAGUUCUCUCGGAGAGUGGAUCUGGGCCAUCCGUGCGCCAUUCAGCCACUGACAGUCUGGCUGGAGUGGACGGGCCCGGCUGAAGGGGACUCGUCAAGCUCGCUGCCCUUCUUGCUCUACGCAGCUUUCCGCACCGAUGUGGGCCGUAAACUCCUGGAACUUGACAAGGCGGAUGCCCUGGAAGAGCUGCAGAGGGAGAGGCUGAAGCAACACCAAGAGGGCAAUAUCUUCGCCUGCGUGCGACGGGCAGCACGCCAUCACCUGCUCAUCGAAGCAGUCGCUGACAGAGUCGCUCGAAGACAAAUUGCCACGGCUCCGGACGCGAGGUUGCUGCAGGAAGUUCUGGGUGGCGCAGGGGCUGGCGGUGCAGAGGAUCCAGACCCGGCAAGCCUCCUCUUCUUCCAUUCUCUAGUCGCGCAUGCAGGCUCCAUGGCAACUGCAGGCCGGGCCCUGGAGACCCUUUUGCAGAUGCAUGGCGGCGCUGCUGAGGGAAGUCUGCUUCGUGCAUGGGCUGGAGCCCUUGCCAAGCCAGAAACUGCCGCGGGAGGACCCGGGGAGGAUCCAUGGGCAGAUCUGCCGGCUUUGAAGGAGAACAAGCUCGGCGGCAGCGAGUUCAGCAGCACGAGGAGCGAGCUACUCAAUCUUUUGCGCGGGGUGAGGCAGCCCCCUGGUUACUCGGCAAUCUCAGAGUGGCUGCUCCGAGAUCAGGCGGCGCAGGGUGCAGAGACUGCCUUGGAAGGCCUCUCCCAGGAAGACCGUCGCUAUGCCUUCGCCAACGCCUGUGCCUGUGCCUUCCUGAAGCGGGACCAGACACAGCCGGCUGUGGCACAGGCCUUGCUGUCAGAGAACUCGGGCCCGCUCCGUGCAUCUUUGGGCCUGGAGGCCACAAUCGUUGCCAUGCUGUGCGACACCACUCCGUUGCAGACUUCACGUAGUCUUGUGGCCGCGGUGCUGUUAGGACGGGACGACUGGGACAUGGCAGCGGCAGGGGGUGGUGCGAAUCGGGCACAGCGGCUGAAGCAUGCGGUUGUGAAUUUGCUGGUGGCCGUGGUGGGCACACCUGACAACAACCAUUUGAUGAUGCUCUUGCUCGAUCCGCGGGCGAUGUUGAACAGCUAUCCCGUCGGGUUUGUUUACGGCCUCUGCCCGGGUCCAGAGGGCUACCACUUCGACUGCGGAUGUGUGCUUGAUGACCAUGGGCAUGCCAUCCGAAAUCGACCUCCGUUGCGGAACGACCACCUGCAUUGGGUGAACUUCUGCAGCUGGGCCAUGCUUUCCGUCGGUCUGGCUGUUUUCCCCGAAAGCUGCCACAGCAUCCAUGACGUUCUGACCAACCGUUACGUUCAAGAGGUGGACCCUCGAGUCAGGGGAGACAACUCGCGUGCAGACAUGGCCCGAAGCUUCGCCAUGAACUAUGCCAUGCGCUGCUUCGAGUGUGUGUGCUCGCGGCAGGAGCUGACAGAAGAGGACCGCUCUUUGGCGUUUGCGCGCCUCUUCCACGACUUCCGCACGAGAGCAGUCGCAGGGCCACCGGAGUUCAGCCGCAUCUUUGCUUCUCCCGAAGCUCGACAAGCCUACGAGGACAUCUGGCGAACCAUGAUCGACGAGGUUGUCGUGGCACUUCCAGAUCUGAGGCGUGAAGCGCUCAGGGUCUCAAAGGCACAAGGUCAGUUGGUGCGGUUACAGGACUUCCGCACAUCCCUAAGCUACAUGCACAAGUUCUUCCACUCCUUCCAAGCCUGUGCUUUGGCAUUGCCCUGGGAGCCGGAAUUCGCGUUCGUGGCUGCCAUCGUGAACCGUCGGGAAGAGCUUGCUCAUCUGCCUUUGCUCGGCCACUUCGUUCAAAUCCAGAACUGGAUCUUCGACCGCCUGAAUGGCGUUGUGCCCACCAAGUGCUUGGACUCCGGCUCAGUCGUUGCAAGACUUGAGAGACAAGCAUCGGCACGGCAUGUGUUGUAA